AUGGCGGAUGUUUCCGGCGACGGAGGAGAAAUGGCGACGCCGGCGCCGCUUUCGGUGUCUGGAUCGUUCAAGGAAGGGAAAAGCUCGUUGCGGAGACGCGGUUCCGCUAGGCAACCGAGUAUGGACGCUGAUGAGUUCAUGAAUCUGUUGCACGGUUCGGAUCCAGUCAAGGUGGAGCUUAAUCGGUUAGAGAAUGAAGUUCGAGAUAAGGAUAGGGAAUUAUCAGAAGCACAAGCGGAGAUCAAAGCGUUGAGGCACUCUGAACGACUCAGAGAAAAGGCCGUUGAAGAGCUGACAGAUGAACUGUCAAAGGUUGACGGCAAGCUAAAAUUAACAGAAUCUCUUCUAGAAAGCAAAAAUCUUGAAAUAAAGAAAAUCAAUGAUGAAAAGAAAGCAUCAAUGGCAGCUCAGUUUGCUGCUGAAGCUACUCUUCGAAGGGUACAUGCUGCUCAAAAGGACGACGACAUGCCCCCAAUAGAAGCAAUUCUUGCUCCUUUGGAGGCAGAACUAAAGCUUGCCCGGCAAGAGAUUGCAAAGUUACAAGAUGAUAACAAAGCCUUAGACCGUCUUACCAAAUCCAAAGAAGCGGCACUACUUGAAGCUGAAAAAACUGUUCAGGUUUCCUUGCUUAAGGCCUCCAUGGUGGAUGAUCUCCAAAAUAAAAAUCAAGAGCUGAUGAAACAGAUUGAGAUUUGCCAGGAAGAAAAUAAAAUACUGGACAGAAUGCAUAGACUAAAGGUGGCAGAGGUUGAAAAGCUCACCCAAACUGUAAGGGAGUUAGAAGAGGCCGUCCUUGCUGGCGGGGCAGCUGCAAAUGCAGUUAGAGAUUAUCAGAGGAAAGUUCAAGAAUUGAAUGAAGAAAUAAAAACUCUUGAAAGGGAGUUGGCCCGUGCCAAGGUAUCAGCAAACAGAGUAGCUGCGGUGGUUGCAAAUGAAUGGAAAGAUUCUAAUGAUAAAGUGAUGCCUGUCAAACAAUGGCUUGAAGAACGUCGAUUCUUGCAGGGGGAAAUGCAGCAACUUCGUGACAAAUUUGCUAUAGUUGAGCGCAGAGCAAAGUCUGAAGCACAGUUGAAAGAAAAAUAUCAAUUACGGCUUAAAGUGCUAGAGGAGAGUUUGAGGGGGAAUUCUAAUGGCAGUAAUCGCAGCACCCCAGAGGGAAGAAGUGUGAGCAAUUCUCGUCGGCAAUCUCUAGUAUUGAAGAAUGCCAAAGGAACAUCUAAAUCUUUUGAUGGAGGCACAAGGUCACUGGAGAGGAGUAAAAUGCAGCUGAACGGAGCAUCUCAAAGCCAUUCUUUUAACGAAUCUCCUGAAGAAACCAGAGAGAGAGAAGCAGAUGUUAAUUGGAAAGAAGAUUCAGAUGACAAGGCAAAUGAAUUCUCAACAGUGGAUACAGAGGAUAGUGUUCCAGGUGUUUUACAUGAACUCCUGCAGAAAGAGGUCAUGGCCUUGAGGAAAGCUGUUAAUGAGAAAGAUCAAAGCCUAAAAGAUAAAGAUGAUGCUAUUGAGAUGCUAGCAAAGAAGGUAGAUACAUUAACCAAAGCCAUGGAAGUUGAGGCAAAGAAGAUGAGAAGGGAAGUAGCUAACAUGGAAAAGGAGGUAGCUGCUAUGCGAGUGGAGAAAGAACAGGAGAGCAGAGCAAAGCGGUUCAGCAAUAUAAAGGGCCCUGUAAACAGUGCUCAGAAUCAGCUAAUUUCUGGAAGAAGUGUUACACGAGGAGGGUUAACUCGCAGCACACAAUAA